CAGACGACGAGAAAGCUGAAGGGGUCUCCGCGACAGCGAGGACCUCUGAAGAUCUCGCCGACCAUGAACACGCUUCGCUGUCGUCUGCCUCUCUUCAUCCCAAUCCCAGGGCGCCGAGGACUAGGCAGCAGACGCAUAGGCGCCAGCGCGCAGACACUAUCCGUGCAUCCGACUUCAUGGUCCCGUUCGCUGCGGACAAGGGAGCCAGCGGUACCACUGCACAGGAACAACUCGUCAAUCAAGAACUCACCAUCGUGACUCAUGACGUCUCUGGUGUCACUCGGAGGACACGUUCUGGAACGGUCACCCUCGCGAGUGUCGCUGCCUCGAAGGCCGCAGCCACCCGGCGUGCGGCGGAGCGCCCUAGCGGUAGCAUCGGUCAUGAACAUGCUUCGCCUCUGCGGGUUCACAAGCGGAGCAACGCGGGAUGGCCGACGAUUCAGAUGAAAACCAACGACGAACCGUUGAGGCUUGCUCCCGGCGACGAUGAGGACGACGAGCUUCUAUUGAAGCGCGGCAGUUCUAUUGACUGACCGUCUGGCGGAGGGGGCUUUUCUAUCUUCUCGGAACGUUUUCAGCGCUGCCACGGUCUUCUCGAUACCCUUCCUUGUGGUCCCUUCGGUGUCAUUGUCAUGGUAGAAUUCUCAGAAUCAUGUCCUCCCGCUUCCUCGGUUCUCAUGCUUUCUCGCCCUCUGUUUCGAAUUUUCGUUCUCCGCUGUCGUUGAUGUUCUGUUUUGAUCACCUUGUUUGUCAAAUGUUUGACCUUGUAACUCAGCUUGCAAUUUUGAAGCGCCUGUAUUGAAACACGGUCCGACAAGGUCGUGCAACACAGCGUGAUGUGCUUGCUUCUGACAGUGGCUGUAUGGAAGCAGCCCUUCUGGUAUCAGGACUACGCUUUCUCUACUGUCUUCGCCGACUGAAGACGAGGAUGCCG